GGCAGGUAAACAAACCUGUCACUGGCUGGGAAGGCGAGACAAACCAAAAUAAUAACCUGUAUGACCGAGUUAUUUAUCUUAUAAUUGCCAUCGCGGAGAUGUACAAAAUGAAUAUACGUCUGUUGUGCCACUGCUUCAAUGGAAUCCAAGCUGACGUGUUGCCGCAGAGAAGAGACUAAAUGAGUGGGAAGACGGCAGCUACGCGCUCGGCAGAGGCAGCUGACUACACUGACGCAUGAUGCAUUGCAGUACUUUUCCAGAAAUGGGUGUUAACAUCCUUAUUCCUACAGCUGAACAUCUGAUUCGAUAGACCAUUUGGGUCUUUUUCUUCGCUAGAGUGUGAAUUUACUUGAUAGAGUCAAAUGACCAUCGCCGCUGCAAAACUACAGCAUGGGGCCCAUCAUACAAGAGCGCGCAGCAUCCACGAUAAUGAAACGCGUCGUUUCCAAAGAGAAGAUCCGCGUCAAAAACAGCGAAAAUAGCGGACCAAACACAGGGUAGGACAUUGAAUCCACCGUGCUAAACUUGAUUUUUUAAAGAAAGGUAAGAAGAUGAAGAAAGCAGUCGGCCAAAUGAAAAGUGGCCUGCCAGGACCAGGUCAGGACCAGAUCGUGGCAACAGUAGAGCAGGGUUCACAGCCAAGGAGUUCCAAGUUGAAAUCUGGCACCUUUCGGAACACAAACAAACUCGCCAGUCUUUCUAUCAGCCCGGCAGAAGCGCAAGAUGCAAGACCUCAACUUGGCCAACAUUCAAGUGUGCACCGAAAUGAGGAAAGGAAAAACCAUCAACGGAUGUCACAAUGCGGCACUGAGCUACAGCAGAAUCAUGGAGGGGUGGGCAAGAAUCGACGCGCACUCUCUCUCCCCCUGUCCCCAAUAUCAGGCCUCCGACACAUGCCGGAACACCCGCUAACGCAUUCCCCAGCCCCUAUACCAGAGGCCCUUCAGGACCCCUACAAGGUUGACGACAGUGACAGUGCCAGUGACCUAUCUGACUCAGAGAGGCUGCCUGUGCUGCCAUCACCUUGUACUCCUUGUACACCUCCUAAUCUAAACCUGCGAGCUGAGGUCAUUAACUCGAAUGACUUCCCACUGGACAUCCCGGGACCUCAUGGGAAUGGAGAUGAUGAAGACGAGAGUGAAACACCCGCCCACUGUUACCCAGACUUUCUUCCUCCACCUUUCAACACCUGGAGCCUUAGACAGCUAGCGGUGUUUCUUCAUACAGAAGGUCGUGGUGCCCCCAGGCCUAAACCGGUGGGGCCUUUGGAGAGAUUCCUCGAGAGGCUCCUGCAGUUGGAGUGGCUCCAAAUUCAAACCGUUCAGGCUGAGAGCAGCCGCCCACCUGGAAGACACACAAGGCCUCAGGCCGCAUCCGGUCACUCACCGAGACCUCAUACAGCUCCAUCAUCUCGACUGAACUCCCCAAAAGGGCCGCGGCACAGCCAGCGAGCCUUCCCAUAUUUGAUAAAUCCGCCGUCACCAGCAUCCGCUGCCGCACAGGUCCACCCGCUAGUUUGCCCGCAUUGUCACAUUCGCUACCCUUUGUGCAACGGGAGUUGUUCUGCCUACGCAUACCAGCGCCACUCACGUCUCAGCCCUCUGCUGGAGCGUAAAACCCGACCAGGGGCGCCUGUGAAGAGGAGCUGCAGCGAAACACAAGAAGCCACCAAAGAAGGGAGGAACCAAGGAGCACAAAGCGGAGGUGGAGCCCAGAUCCCAGUGAGCCCCUCAACAGGCCAUCUUAGGCACAUGCAUGCAGCAGGCAAUGCUCGAAAACAACCCCAGGAAUUGGGAUCAAACCCAAACAGUAAAGGUCAGGCGAGGAAAAGUCGAGUUCGAACCAACUCUGAGACCGAUGUUAAGAAGGAAUCCAGUGUGGUUAAAGCAGCAGGUGCUGAGAAACAUGUUGCAGGGGCAAGUAAGAAAGGGGCCAUCACAGCAAAGAAAUUAGAAGACUGGCAGAGGACGGCGGCAGGAGCUCAGGCACCUAAGACCGCCUUGAAAAGAGCUGCGAAAGAGCCACGGUCUCUUUCGAAAGCGCCUUCUAGUGGUGGAAAAACAAAAAAUGUCCAAUCUGCUCCCAAGUAACAUGUAUCCAGUAGGCCAAACUCUGUGGUCACUUGGCACUGGAGCUUGAACGUAUGCUUGCUUUCUGUGUAAUACUAACGUGCUGUAAGAUUACGCCGCUGUCCAGAUCACUUUUUCAAGCGGUACCAUGUAACAAUAUAACGGAUCAGAAAUUCAAAGCACAACAUUGUAUCCAACAGUAAACGAUUAUUACAUUGCACUACGUACAGGAGGCUUAAUCAUAUCUCCUCCUCAGAAAACUCAUGCAAUAAGAACCAAACCACACUCCAUCGUCAUUUCUUGUUAUGCUACUAAUGUCUAAAAAAGGAUGAAAACGGCAACCAUUGCCAGCUUUCAGCAUAAGUAAUGCAUCGUGAUGGUUACCAGCUAUUGGCAUACAUUAUUUAUGUCACUGAAUAAUGAUCAUAAACACUGGUGAUAACAAUCUUAAUGUAGUUAUGUUUACGUUUUCAGUGCUCUUUAAAAAUGUAUUUAUUUAUUUCACUUUGCUCUCGGGUGCCUCAUUUUAAGAUGUGUUCUGUGCAUUCAUUGCAUCCUUGUCUGAAAAGCAGGCCGAUUAAUAAAUUGCAGUGUGCUGCAGGAAAGUGUGCUCGUUUAACAUGUGCAAGUUGCUUCACAUUUUUUUUUUGUUCAAAAGGGCUUCUUGUGUAUUCAAGCACGGAUUGUUGUUCUUUGAAUAUGAACUGUAUUUUGCAAAGAGCUAAGCUCUGAUGAAAUUAAUGACAGUAAUGUUUGCUAUGAAUGUAAAUGCGUAUUUUUCCAAAUUUUAUACACCAUAGUUAUAUUUAUGUACGUAUUGUGUUGGAAUUGUAUUCAUCAUCACCGUUAUUAUGUUUACAUGUGUCAUACACAUCAUGAACAGUAUUUAUUAAAAAAAUAAAAAAAGCUAAAUAACUGUCUACUGUGCUGUCUCACUUUUAAAUGAUUUAUGAAUUAUAGCAAGUUAACUCCACAGAAAAUAGGCCCAAGACAUGGAUGACAGUUGACUACACAAAAAUGCGUUACACUGUAUGUAUCCAUUACUUCUUGAGAA